CCUUCUCAAAUCGCCCGCCUUCUGCGCUCUACUUUCUCAUUGGUCGCUGGCGCGGUUGCCACGGUGAUACUGUAGCAACGCCUAUCGGCACUCCUCCCUUUUGUCCAAUUAUGGCAGCCGCGUCGGCGUGUGUGAGCGCUGAUUGGCUGACGAGCGCUCGUGGUGCGGCGCUGUUGUCGGUCAGGCGCGCGAUGUGAAGGCGCUCAGCUCAGCGCGUUUAUUUGUGAUUGUUUUGACGGAUCUGAGUGAACAGAUAAACAGCCAACGGUCGCUCAUCCGCGGAAGCGCUUCACGUGCUGUUCGUGUUCGGUUGAAUCAGGUGCUCGAACUGUACCGGAUCAGAUCUCGUGUGGCCGGCUGCUGUCCGUCAGGCGCUUCGGAGGAUGGUUGUGCACGGGUUCGGCUGCGGGAAGAGUCUGAGCGCGGCGGCGGCGCGGGGGAAUGUGGACGCGGUGCGGCGGAUGCUGCAGGAUCACCGGGUCGAUCCGGACGCGCUCAAUGAGUUCGGGAAAACCGCGCUGCAGGUGAUGAUGAUGGGCUGCACCAGUGUGGCGUGUGUGCUGCUGGACCACGGCGCUGACCCCAACGUCCAGGACCGCUGCGGAGUGACCCCUGCGCACGACGCGGCCCGCACCGGAUUCCUGGACACGCUGAGGGUUCUGGUGGACCACGGCGCCUCCGUCAACGUCCCUGACCACAGCGGAGCCCUGCCCCUCCACAUCGCCAUCCGCGAGGGCCACGGGGACGUGGUGGAGUACCUGGCCCCGCUCUCGGACCUGCGGCACCGGGACAGCUGCGGGGCCAACGCUCUGGACGCGGCACAUGACGCUCGCGCUCUGGAGAUGGUGGAGCUUUUGGAGCGCUUGAUGGGAACCAGUUCGAACUGAAGAACUAUACAUUUCUAUUCUUGUGUUCGGGAGCCCUCGGCGCUCAUUAGCGGGCUGUAUUUAUAUUAAUAAGUUGGAUGUUGAGAUGUAUGUAGUUAUAAUAUUAAUAUAAUAUUAGCUGGAACAUGUUUUGCACAGAGCAGUCCCUCCUGCGGGUCCGCCACGCACACCUGUAAAUAACUCUUUCUUUUGUGUUUUACAAAACAUUUCUGUGCAGAAACUUGAACUGUUAACAUUUUUAUUCUUGUGAAAUUAUUUCACUGAUGAAUUCUGGCUUUGUGUGCAAGUUUGGUUGGAGUGUUUUGCGGAUUAACGUCUGUAAAUAGCAUUUUAUGAAUUUAUUUGACUUAUUUAUUUAAGAUUUGUAUAUUAACGUUUAUGUUUACUGUGGUAUUUCAGAUGUUAUUUAUUAAGGUGUUUAAUAAACUGAAAAAAGUUUCA